GUGUGCGUGUCGCAGUGUGUGUAGCUGUGUGCAGAGCUGUGUGUGCAAGGCCCGCGUGCUGCAUGCGGGGCUCGGUGCGGGGAGGACGCGGCCACCUGACCCCACAAAGGACGCGGCUCCGGCUCCCUCCCUCGCUCGCCUUCCCAAUUUCCCCGGCUCCGCUGCCCGCACGCAGCCGGCAACAUGGCGAUGGGGCGCUCCCCGGCCGGUCGCUAGCGCGGGGACCCCGCUCCGCUCCGCUCCGGCCCGCCCGGGGAGCGAUGCUGCCGAGGCGCGCCCGGGACACUUCCCCGCCCCUCGCCGCCUGCGCUCGCCCGGCCGGUGAUGGACUGAGCCCCGCCGGCUCCCCGCACUCCCAGCACGGGGCCUCCCCGGCGUGAGGCUGGCCCAGCUGCCCGCCCGGUGGCUCCAUGACGAGGGAGGUGCCCAGCUGGAUGGGGCCCAGGUAGGGGGGAGACAGCACCCACCAUGCCCUACGCCCUCCCUCCUCUGCACUGCGCCCUCAAGAUGAUGUCCCGCAAGAAGGCCCUGCUGCUGCUGCUGCUGGCGCUCAGCACCCUGAGCCUGCUCAUCCACCAGAGCACGCACCUCAACUGCAGGUCCCCCAAGCCUUCCUCCCCAGGCUGCCCCCCAGCCCCCUCGCCCCGCCCCAAGCACACCUCGGUGGCCUUCCUGAAGACCCACAAGACAGCGGGCACCACGGUGCAGAACAUCCUUUUCCGCUUCGCCGAGCAGCACGACGUGACGGUGGCGCUGCCCCACCACGCCUGCGACCACCAGUUCUGCUACCCCCGCAACUUCUCCACCCGCUUCGUGCACCCGCACACCCUGCCCCCCCGCAUCAUCGCCAGCCACCUGCGCUUCCAGCGCCAGGAGCUGCGCCGCCUCAUGCCCAACGACACGCUCUACGUCACCAUCCUGCGCGAGCCCGUGGCCAUGUUCGAGUCACUCUUCACCUACUACAACCAGUACUGCUCCGCCUUCAAGCGGGUGCCCAACGGCUCCAUGGAAGCCUUCCUGGCCAACCCGCUGGCCUUCUACCGCCCCCAGGAGAAGUUCUCCAUGUACGCCCACAACACCCUGCUCUACGACCUGGGCGGGGACAACGACCACAGCCCCGCCGACCCCGCCUACCUGCCCGGCUUCAUCCGCCAGGUGGAGGAGGUCUUCUCGCUGGUGAUGAUCGCCGAGUACUUCGACGAGUCGCUGGUGCUGCUGCGUCACCUGCUGUCCUGGGACCUGGAGGACAUGCUCUACGUCAAGCUCAACAUGCGCGGCCCCCGGUCCAAGGGCAACGUCAGCUCGGAGGUGCUGGCCGCCCGCAUCCGCACCUGGAACGGGCUGGACGCCCAGCUCUACGACCACUUCAACGCCACCUUCUGGCGCAAGGUGGCGCAGGCGGGGCGGGGGUGCGUGGCGGCGGAGGUGGGGGCGCUGCGCCGGGCCUGCGACCAGCUGCUGCGCCGCUGCUUCGGGGGGCGGCCCCAGCUGCGCCCCGCCACGCAGAUCAAGAACAAGGAGCUGCGGCCUUGGCAGCCCAGCUCCAAGGUGGACAUCGUGGGCUAUGACCUGCCUCCGGCCGUGCCUGGCUCAGGUGCCCCCCCCGAGGAGCGCUGCCUCAAGCUGGCCAUGCCGGAGGUGCAGUACUCCCGCUACAUGCUGCGCAAGCAGAGCCUGCGUGCCCGCCGCAGGGCCCUGCUCCCCCGCCCGCUGCCCCCCCGGGGAGUCCCGCGCCCAGCCAGGGCCCUCCCCCGUCGCCACCCCACAGUGCCCAAAGCGGCCUGAGCAGGGGCUGGGACCUGAGCCCAGACUAGACACUCACGCCGGGGUGAGGGGCUGUGCGGGCAUCGUGGACAUGGCUUCCUGUGCCCCCCCCCGCCCUCGGGUCAGCCCUGGGGAGAUCCCUUUGCUGGCCCCCUUCUCCCUCCCUGUGACAGUCCCCGUCCUGCACAACAGCCCCACGCCCGCCCCCUGCAUCCCACGCCCCUUUGGGAGGGCUGGAUCGGAACUGAAUGCCACUGGGGCCUGAGCCGGCACUGGGAAGCUGCCACUCCCCCCUUCCUGAGCCUGCGUCAGGUCUGUUUGCAGGUUCUGGGUGGUUUGCACAUGCCCUGGAUUUGGAAAUCCACCCAUCACUGCCUGGGGACUGAGGCAUCGGGGGGCCUGGGAGGGAAGCCCAGCAGCUCAGCACGGAACAGCAGUGUUAUGGUUUGGGGCCUAGAUGGUGCCCCCCCCCAACUCCAGCCUUUCUUCCCUAGUGCUCCCUGCCCCAGCACUGGCCCAUGCCUCCCCCUAGUGCCGCCAUUCACAUGGGGACAUAGCACUGCAUGGAAGACACAGGGCCCAGCUAAACCCUGGGGAGGCGGGACUCGAACCCCUGCCCCAGGCAACAGAUCAGGGCACACAACAUCACACACCCUAUCGCACACACAGACACCCCCCAUCACACAUGGCGCACACAUCCUAUCUGUCCACACAUUCCCCCCAUCAGUCCCCACCCCCGCUUCCGUUUACCCACACACCUUGCACACAGUGCUUACUUUGUAAUGAAAGAGGUGCCGGGGCUCAAGCGAUUUUUUACAUUCAUACCUGAUGCAGCAAGCCCAGAGGUGCUGGGGCUCGGCACUGCCAAGCCCUGGCCCAAAUUAACCACUGUUUGCACACAUGCACAGUGUCACACACACAAUCACUCACAGCUGGCCCCCUGUGCAGUCACACACACACACACACCCCUUGCCAGUGUGCCACACUGGUGUGGCAAGGUGACAGUAUCCCAGCCAGGAGUAACUCCCUCCCCGGGCUCCCAGGGGGGGCACUGUCUGGGCCCUCCCGCCUCAUGAGCCAUUCCCUGGGUAAUGGGUUCCCAGGAAGAGGCUGAUUCUGAGCAACUGCCAUCGGGGAGGUUUAGGUUGGAUAUUAGGAAAAACUUUUUCACUAGGAGUGUGGUGAAGCACUGGAAUGGGGUUACCUAGGGAGGUGGUGGAAUCUCCUUCCUUUGAGGUUUUUAAGGUCAGGCUUGACAAAGACCUGGCUGGGAUGAUUUAGUUUGGGUUGGUUCUGCUUUAGCAGGGGGUUAGACUAGAUGACCUCCUGAGGUCCCUUCCAACCCUGAUAUUCUCUGAUUCUAUGAUUCUAUGAACUGUCAGGGGGAUGGGAACCUGCCCCCAAUAAAGGACUCUGUGAGGUG